AUGAGCCCAAAUUUUGACAUUCUGACCGCCACUGCUGAUGACCUCCAACGGGAGCUAAGCUCUGGCCGCAUAAACAGCAAGCAGCUAGUCGAGAUAUAUCUCUUGCAGAUUGAGCGUCACAACGACUACCUCAAAGCCGUAAUCAGCACAUCCCCCGCGCCACUUCUAUUAGAGAGAGCCGCAAUUCUAGAUGAUGAAAGACAGAGCGGAAAACUUCGAAGUCCACUCCACGGAAUCCCAAUCCUCGUCAAGGAUAAUGUCGCAACACAUCCUUCCACUGGUCUAGACACCACAGCGGGUAGCCUGGCGUUGGUUGAUUCGAAGCCGAGGAGCAAUGCGCCUAUUGUAGACCGACUGCUAGAGGCUGGGCUCAUCAUUAUAGGCAAGGCCAGCUUGUCGGAACUCUCAUGGUGGAAGGGCACAAACCUUCUCUGUGGCUGGAACAGCAUAAGCGGCCAAGCUCAAUCACCCUACGUCAAAGGAGGUCUUCUCAUCGGUGAUUCAUUCUCAGGACACAGUAACCCCGGCGGAUCUUCAUCUGGCUCUGCCAUCGCCGUGGCAGCCGGAUUCGCCCCCAUCAGCAUUGGGACUGAGACAUUUGGCUCACUCAUGUUGCCCGCGGGCCGAGCCGCCCUGUACUCACUCAAACCUGGGCGCGCGCUCAUCUCCACUAGGGGCAUUGUCCCCAUUUCAAACUUCUCGGACCAACCGGGGCCUAUGACAAAGAACACGAAGGAUUUGGCGGUGCUGAUGGACAUUAUUACCAAUCCUGAAAAUGUUCCGUUUGGUGGUUACGCUUCGAGGGUGACGGGCUCGUGGGAGGGCCUCAGGAUUGGCACAUUGGACCCGGAAAAGUGGACGUAUUCUCCUGAGAUUCGAAAGGUCUUGGAUGAAGGAAUGGAGAAACAGUUGAACGAUCAAAUUCGGGAUGCAUAUGCAAGGAUCAAGAAACACGUGUCCGUUUUCAAGGACAAUGUUCCGUUGAGAACUGCAGAUAUUUUGACUAUCAACGGUGAAGAUGUAUUGCUCAAGAUUUUCGAAAAGGACUUUAAAGAACAGUUUGAAGAGUACCUUCAACUUCUAGAAACUCCAAGAAUCAAGACUUUGGGCGAACUGAUUGCUUUCAACAAGGAUAAUGCCGAUAGAGAACUUCCCCCAGGCUAUGAAAACCAAGACAUCCUCAUACGUAGCGAAAACACAAACAUAACCCCCAAAGACCGUGAAACCUACGUCGCCCACCUAAAGAAACUCGGUCGCGACGAAGGCAUCGACAAGAUAUUCGACGAAUACGACAUCAACAUCGUCAUGGCACCACUCGAGUCUCCCCUGUACUACUUCGCUGCGGCUUGCGGAUAUCCCGUUGCUGCCAUGCCACUUGGCUAUCUUGAGUACAACGGACGGCCUCACGGGCUUGCCGCGGUUGCGAAAGAGGAGGGCCUUUUGAUCCAACUCCAGAGUGCCUAUGAAGGAGUUUUCCCUCCACGGAAACCGCCAACUCUUCUCAAUUGA